GACAGACAGAGAGAGAGACAGACAGAGAGACAGAGAGAGAGACAGACAGAGAGACAGACAGAAAGAGAGACAGACCCCUCCUCCGGCGGCGGCACCAUGCAGCAUCAGCAGGCGGCACCGGAGCCGGACGACACCUUCGACUUCCUGUUCAAGAUCAUCCUGAUCGGCGACUCCAACGUGGGCAAGACCUGCGUGGUGCAGAGCUUCAAGACGGGCCUGUUCUCCGAGCGGCAGCAGAACACCAUCGGGGUGGACUUCACCGUGCGCACGCUCACCAUCCAGGGCAAGAGAAUCAAGAUGCAGGUGUGGGACACGGCUGGACAGGAGCGUUUCCGCACCAUCACUCAGAGUUACUACCGCAGUGCCCACGCUGCCCUCAUCGCCUAUGACAUCACCCGCCACGCCACCUUCGAGUCCGUCACACACUGGGUCAGAGAGGUGGAGAGGUUUGGGGCCAGCAACGUCCUCAUAACACUCAUAGGUAACAUACACACACACACACACACACACACACACACA